UACCUCUGAGUUCACCCCUGGAUUCCCAUUGGGCGAUUUGACAGAAUAUUUUCUCACAUAGUAAAUUUUUUUUCUUGUUAAUUUUUCUCAAAGAAACCAAGAAUUUCUCAUCAAAAUGAUGCUUUUUAUGCUGCUAUUCAGCCGACAGGGUAAAUUGAGACUGCAGAAAUGGUAUGUGGCACAUCCGGAUAAGGUGAAAAAGAAAAUAACUCGUGAAUUGAUUACAACAAUCUUGGCGAGGAAGCCCAAAAUGUGUUCAUUCCUGGAAUGGAAAGACUGCAAGAUUGUCUACAAAAGAUAUGCGAGUUUGUACUUUUGUUGUGCAAUUGAACAGAACGACAAUGAAUUGCUAACAUUGGAAAUCAUUCAUCGCUACGUGGAGCUCCUGGACAAAUAUUUUGGAAGUGUGUGUGAAUUGGACAUAAUUUUCAACUUUGAGAAAGCCUACUUCAUCCUCGAUGAGCUCCUUGUGGGCGGUGAGAUGCAGGAGACGUCCAAGAAGAAUGUCCUGAAGGCUAUAGCUGCCCAAGAUGUACUCCAAGAGAUGUACGACGAUGACUUUUAUGCAUAUGAUUUGUAGAUGGAUUGUACUAAAAAAAAAACAAAAAAUAAUCAAGCAUGAAUUGGCAUUAAUCAGAGAUUUUUUAACACCCACAUUCUCCCACUUUUUGUAGAUAAACACUAAAAAAAUAUCUACACAGUACAGAAUAAUUCUUUAAUAAAAAAUAAAGAAUAAAAACUAAUGAAACUAAAACAGAUCUAUUUAAAAAAAUAAUUAGCAAAAGAAAACACACAGAAACUCUUCUUACAGAAAACAAUUUAAUGUGGAUAAAUAUCAUACAAGAAAAAAUUAACAUUUUAUUUAGCAAAACAAAACUAUUAAAAAAUCUUUUUAUAUUUUAAUUUAAUUAUUAAUUAAAUGAAGCAAAAUUAAUAACAAACAUAAAAAAAAUGAAAGCAUGAUGAGAGAUUAGAAUUUAAAGAGAAUGCAAGAAGAGAGAGAGAAAGAGUAAUAAACGAAUAAGAGGCUAAUAGAAUUACCUGCAUGCAAGCAUGAAUAUUACAUACAUUAUUCUUUUAAUAGCAUUGAAUAUGUCCCAAAGUUAAUUUUUUUCUUUUAUCUACCUUUGAAAAAAAAAUGAUUGCAAACAUCCCGCCCCAUUCAUUUAUUUUUUUCCGUAUUUUGUUAUCUAUUUUAACUACAUAUUAUAUUAUCUAUCUUUAAUCUCUAUGCUGUAUUAGCUGUUAACAAAAAUUUAUUUAAAAAAAACAACAACUAAAAUUCUUUGAGAAUACAAAUAACAAUAAUUUAAAAUAAAAUCAGGCUGUUUAUUGAAUGUGCAAAACAGUUUAAGAAAUUGCUCUUCUUAUUUCUUUUUUUUUCCUAUUUAAACUAAGAAAAAUUUUAACAGAAAAUAUUAAUGUAUUUUUUAAUGCCUACACAACAUACCAGGACCUCAAUGAAACACUAAAUUAGUGAAAAAGAAUUCUUUUUAAAUUUGUUAACAAUAUUUAAUAAAAAAUAUAUUCCAAAACGUUUAAGAGAAGAAUUCAUUCCAAAACAUCUUCAAUUACCUGCGAAAACAGUUUUUUUUACAUAGGUAAUUGAGAUUUUUUUUUUUCUAAUUAAUUAUUGCUACAUAUUUAUACAUACAUAAUAUAAGAAAAUUAACCUUCUCUUAAGAUAAAAGAAUAUCAUCCUUGUAGUCAAUUUGAGCCAAAAUCCUUUCCACCCAUGAUAUUGCCAAAAAAAAAAAGAAAUCAUUGGGAAACAAAAAGUAUUGCUUGCUAUAUAUAAAAAAAAAUAUAUAGUCUCUCUCAGAGAAAAAAAUAUAUAGUAAGAGAAUAGGAAAGAAAAAAAAUGUAGUCUAGUCCUUAUUGCAGCUAGUUCAAAAGAAAGCACAUUAUUAGAGAUAAAUUCAAAUUGCUCAAUAAACUGUUGAGAUUUUAUUUCGGCUUAAAAAUAGACGAAAAGAAAAUCUUAUAAAAAAAUAUGUUUGAAAGAAUUUCAAUAUCUGAGAGGAAAGAAUAAAUAAUUUUCGGGAUAUUCCUUGAAAGCUUUGCAUUUUAUCGAAUAGAUUUUACAAUUUAAUAUUAAGCUAAAUUGUUGCUUAAGUUAUCGAACAAUGAGGUUGAAACUAAAAAAUUUGAAAGUCUAACCUUAGAAAACUUAGGUCCGGCCUAAAAAACUUAGGCCUAACCUAAAAAAAAAACUUGAGUCUAGUUAAAGAAAUCUUAAGACUAACAUGAAAAACUAAGGCCUAGCUUAAGUAAAGGACUUAGCCGAACUUUUACUGUAUUGAAGGCUCUCAAACUAUCAAACAGUUAGAGCCCUAAUGCAGACUUGUUUUAAACAAUUCAAGAAAAAAAAUCUCUGCAGUUUAUUUUGUAAUUUAUGUUAGAUUUUAGGCAUAUUAAUUCGUUCUGAGAGGACAUUAAAUAAAUAAAAUGAAAAAUGAAAUUAUUUCCAUGUCAAAAAAACAGAGUAUAAAAUAAAAAGAAAAAAAUGAUUUAAUAAUUUAAAAUAUUUAUUUCAUAAAAUGACAAAUUUUAUUUCAACAAAAAGUAACUUUUAAUUUGAGAUUUAUAAGAGGAAAAGAAUUCGAGAAAUAUCAAAAAUAAAGACUCUUUGAGAACGUUCUACCCA